AACCUUUCAGACUUCGGCGGCCCGUGUCCGUCCACGCUUAGGGAAUGGGAUACCAACAGCUGUGUGGAGGACUUAAUGGAUGAAGAUGAGAAGGACAGGGCAAAAAGAGCUUCUCGCAACAAAUCUGAAAAGAAAAGAAGAGACCAGUUCAAUGUGCUCAUCAAGGAGCUAUGCACCAUGCUCCAGGGUCAAGGCCAUCCGCGCAAGAUGGACAAAUCCACCAUACUGCAGAGGACGAUUGACUUUUUACAGAAACAGAAAGACAUCACUGCGCAGAACGAGAUUUGUGACGUGAAGCAGGACUGGAAGCCCUCGUUCCUCAGCAAUGAAGAGUUCACUCAGCUCAUGUUGGAGGCCCUGGAUGGCUUCCUUGUUGCAUUAACGACAGAUGGAAACAUCAUAUAUGUGUCUGACAGUGUGUCAUCACUUAUUGGCCACUUACCGUCAGAUAUGGUGGACCAAAAUAUCUUGAAUUUCCUCCCGGAGCGCGAACACGGCGAGGUGUAUAAGCUGCUAUCAUCCCACAUGCUGAUGACUGACCCCGUUGCUGCUGAUUUCCUUGACAGUGAGACACAUAUUGAAUUUUGCUGUCAUCUAGCCAGGGGUAACAUGGACCCCAAGGAGCCUCCUGUGUAUGAAUAUGUCAAGUUUGUUGGAGAUUUUAAGUUUCAUAACCAUGUGCCUACAUCUUCUUGUAACGGGCAUGAACUGACGUUACCGAGAAGUCUGCAGUCGUCGCUGGAGGAGCAGGUCUGCCUCAUAGCAACUGUACGAUUAGUCACUCCACAGUUUCUGAAGGAUUUGUGUAACGUGGAUGAUCCUUGUGACGAAUUCACGUCCAGACACAGCCUUGAAUGGAAGUUCCUGUUUUUAGAUCACAGAGCAUCACCAAUCAUAGGCUACUUACCAUUUGAGGUUCUUGGGACUUCGGGUUAUGAUUACUACCAUGUGGAUGACUUGGAGCUCAUAGCCCAGUGUCACAAGCAAUUAAUGCAGUUUGGAAAGGGUAAAUCCUGCUAUUAUCGCUUCCUGACCAAGGGACAGCAGUGGAUUUGGCUGCAGACUCAUUACUACAUUACUUACCACCAGUGGAACUCCAAACCCGAGUUCAUUGUCUGCACUCACACCGUUGUCAGUUACGCGGAAGUGCGAGCUGAAUGGAGGAGAGCUUUUGGUCUGGAGGAGCUUUCGCCACCUGAGAUAGCGCCAUCCUCUGUGAAGGCCCAGGAGUUGUACUUGGACAUCUGCUCCACCCUGGACGCGACGAGGGACAGAAACAGCGGCGCACGUUCAGUGUCCUCCCAUAGCUCUCGGAAAUCCUCCCACACCGCCCUGUCGGACUCUUUGUCAGCAAACUCCUACACAGAGGCCUGCACACAAUCAUGGCCGUCAGCCUCCAUUGGACCAGAGAAGACACCUGCCAGACUCCAGCCCAGUGGGUCAAAGAAUUUGGCUCAAAGACAAAAUUCCUUUGACCUUGUUCCCCAAAUGAGCCUCUCCCUUUCUCCAACCUGCAGCAAGCACUCCACCAUGCAGCAGCAGCAGCAGCAGCAGCAGCAGCAGCAGCAGCAGCAGCAGCAGCAGUCCUCUGUAUAUCAGCUGCAGCAGCCUCAGCUCGGCGUAAUGAACCAGCUGAAGGAACAACUGGAGGAGAGGACGCGCAUUCUGCAGGCCGACAUCAAGACGCAGCAGCAGGAGCUGCAUGACAUUAAGGAGAAGCUCCAUCUUGCUAAUCUACAGAUGUUGUUACAGCAGCCUAUCCACAAUGACUUCAACCAGGCCCAACAGCAGCAGCAGCAGCAGCAGGGACCAGGAAGGCCAGCACAACAGAACCAGAACCAGUCCCAGUCCAGUGUCAUCAGGCAACUCUCUGGCCAGCCAAAACCAGCAGCCUGCGGUUCUCACAGUUCAUCUCCGCUCUCUUUGAGAGAAAACACUUCACCGUCUGCACAGGUUCAGCAGCGGGCUCCUCAGAGCAGACAGAGCCAGUCGGUGAGUUUGCCGAUGCAGACAAACACGAGCCUGACGACGCCCUUCUACAGCAACCCCAUGAUGUUCUCCCAGACCAACACGAGGCCUCAGCAGGACACAAACCAAAGACAGACGGAGAGCCAGUUCAGUCACGACGGACAAUUACGAAUGCUUCUCAACCAGUCGAUGCAGACCAUGGUUCCGACCAGCAGCGUCACUUCCCAGCCCUCUCAGUGCAACAUGGGCAUCUCCCAAACUCUAUACAGCUUGGAGCAGCCGAUCACCUCUUUCACCAUGCAACAGGUCAACUGCAACGCCGUGCUGGUGCCCUCCCCCGUUUUCACCUCCCCCAUAAUGAUCCCACACAACUCCUUCAUCACGCAUCAGGCCCAGUCAACCUACCACAGCCAGCCUCAGGCCUCGCAGCACUCCGUGCAGCUCCAGCAGCCCCAGCAGUUCUUUCAGAUGACCCAAGGACUUGUACAUGGUGGAUCUACUCCAGCUUUCCUACACGCCACUAACGUCCCACAGCAAAGCACCAUGGGAUACAUUCAGCAGCAGCCACAAACACAGCAGCUGCCACUUGCGCAGCAGCAGCAGCAGCAGCAACAACAACCACAGCAGCAGCAGCAGCAGCAACAGCAACAGCAAAGGCAGUACCAACAUUCCCAAAACCAGCCAGGCAGUGUUUCAGACUUCAGGAACAUGCUAACACGGUAGCACCGAGGACUUCGUCUAAACUCUGAGGAUCUGCCUCUCUGACGCCGCCCUGCGGGUGGCAGCACGCCGUCGAGCCUCCUAAUUCACUGGGGACGGGGCGGGGAGGGAUCCAGCCUGCACGUCGUCAUAGUGACACCACAAGUAGAGGCUGCGCUGACCCGACGGCGCCCGCCGGAUCCGAGGACAAUCUCGAGGCCGCGUCGCGCUCAGGAGGACGGCUGCAACGAGUGGAUCAUCAAAGAUGUUUGAAAAAAAAAAAAAACUGAAACAAACAAACAAACAAAAAAACAAAAACUAUUUUAGACCGACAAGUGGAGGUUUUCUUCUAGCAAAGUUCUCAUAUAAGUGUUUGCACUUUGGUACCCCUAUCUCCCCGGAAGUAGAAUAUUUAUUUAUUUUUUACCUAAGAUCAAACGUUCUGUUCUGUUCCUGAUCUCCGGCUCAGCUCCCCUCCUGUGGCAUGACGCUAAUGCUAAGCUACUCGUGACACUUUGUUUCCAGUGAAGAUGGAGAGUCGGAGGUGAGCCCUGUUAUCCCCACUCGCCACAGUUGGAACCACAAUUUAGGCACGUCGAGUCACUACAGCAGAACUUUACACGACAAAACAACAAGUGCGACGACCACUUUAACAAAAGGCAGGUGUGACGUAACACACACUACAGCUGGGAGCUGGAGGUCUAUCUAGAUUUUUAAAGCCUCAAUCCGGGACUGAAGGAGCGAGGGGUGCCGUAGCCGUCCCACCGCAGACCUCUGCAGGCUGAAGCGGUCGCCGCGCAGCACCGGGUGUCGGCGAUGAGCUGGGAGGCGGGGAGGACGAAUUGUGCCUUCUAACGUGAUAACGUUCAUGUUGUGGUUCGAUUGGUUGCGUCUGAUUAUGGCUUUAAAAAUCCAGCUCAGGUCCAUUUGGAAUAUAAAAGGUAUAUUUUCGUAAGAGCAUAAUUUGUUAUUAAAACAUAAGACAUCCAGAUUUUCUAAUUAAUAGAUUGCCUAUAUAUAUGUAUAUAUAUACGUAGUAAUUUUUGUGACCUUUAUGUUUGCAGUAAGUCCUUACUUUCUGAGCAGAGUCUGUUUCAGAAAGAGUCCUUUUUGAAAUCAUUACACAACAAAAACUACCAAUUGGAAAUACAAGCUGGUCUUACACACAGACGUUCUGACAGAAAUCGCUCCGGUAUGCUCAGAGGUACAUGCCGGAUCUUCUGCUCGGUCCAUUUCAGAAAAGCCUCAUGCACGCGAGAAAAGCGUAAAUUCAUGUUCCCAACAGUCCAAUGAGCUGCUUUACGAAUGGAAACCUGCACACCGCCCCGGUAAAGAUGCGUAAAAAGCCUUCAUAUAACUUCGUUUGUUUCAGCAACACAGCAUUAAGUAAACCCCGCCUUUAAUUUGAUUCAUGUUGUAAAAGAAAGGUAAAAGAAAUUCUGUGGCAUCUUGGGAUCACCAAGUCUCCGUGGCAACCUUUAGAUGCCAUGCAAAAAGCUGCCACACAAACUCUACAUGUGUGGAGUUUGCAAAAAGCUGCUGGGACUUAAACUGAAGCGCAUGUGGUUCGGGUCAGACCCGACCACUCGUUAAACUUUGGUCGUCCGUGGACAACUUUUCAUUUUAGUUGGUCUUGGUUAGCCACUUUAACUUCAACUACCUUUCAGCCACAUCUCGACAUCUGGAGUAUAUAUACAAACUGUUUUUGUUUCUCCGCUCUUCCCCUUUUCAUCCACCGUAACCACUUGGGUUAGGUUUAAAACAAGAGACAUAGAUUGGAGAAAGAGUUUUGCCCACUGUUUAGUAUAGUGGAGGAUCAGUGAUGCUGUGGGCCCGCCCUUGUUGGGAAUCUGGGUUAGCCCAGCCUGCAUGGCAUUUUGAAUCCUUUGAAAUAUCAGGACAUGUGGUGUAAAAAUAAAAGCAUGUUGAUUCUGGUGUUGAUUUAGCAAACUGAAGUUUAGUGCGAGGCGAUGCUUCUGCAGCAAAAGAUGAAUUUAUUUUAGGGCUUUUUACACAUCUUACAACAGGGGUGCGAGUCCAACCUGUUUUGUGACGGCUUGUUUGAAUAUUUCAGAAGACUCCAAAUUUCCAACGCCAACCAGGUGAGCUGAGUUUCAGAUUGUUGCCUGCAAUGGCUUCAUUCACUCUAAAAAUUUUUUACCAUUCUGCAUUGAGAAUUUAUAGAGCCACUUCCAUCUGAAAGACACUACUUUACGCUAGCAUGGUGAAAGAACACGUUUCGGAUUCUGUGGAGCUACUUAUCGGCUGUAGCAGCUGCUCUCCUUUGUCUCAAUCAGCUUGGAGCAGACGAGCGUGUGCAGGAGCCAUUGUUUUGAUUGUCUCCGUUUUGUGGAUAAUACAGAGACGACCGUUAACAGAGGAUUGGAGUGUGUUGCUGCAGUCUGUCCUGGAAGGGGAAGAGAAAAAAAAAAAAAAAAAAAACCCCCAUUAAAACAUCACAAUUACAUCACCGUACAAAGACAAUCAGCAGAAUAUACUGUAUUUAAACUGCCUGUACCACAGUGUGACUUCACAAUCUAACAAAGAUUUUAAAUCCUAUAACGUAAUUCCCCCAGACCCCAAACUCCUCUUCUGGAUUUUAAUUGCACAUGUUGUUGCUACACUUUAUAGAAAGCAGCACGGUGGGGGGGCGGGGUGCUUGGCCCGUCCAGCGCCGGAGCUGCCCACGUUGCACGACAAGACGUAGCGAACUCAGCAUGUACGUUCAGUGCCGUUUUUACACUUUUUUAUGUGCAAUGUCGAUUUAAAAAAAAGAGAGAGGGAGAGAGAGAGACAGAGAGAAAAAGAAUGUUAAUUUAUACUGUUGGAAAUGUUUCCAAUCAGAUGUACAUAGAGGUGUAUAAUAAGCAGUUGUUACCAUGUAAUUUAUACGGAAGUAUUUUUUUAAAUGGAAAUGUCCUAACAUUCCUUUAGCAGUAUUUUUUUUUUUUUUUAAGUUUGAGACGCGUCCUCUGAAGAGUAGGAUAACACAGGACUUUUAUCUGCAUGGGAAUGUGGUGCGCAGGGCCGGAGGCUCCCAAAGAGACUGAACUGAAGGGUCCGAUAGUCACCUUGA